CGCUGCUGAGCUGCUCGAUGCUCCAGCCGGAAGUGCUCUUCACCGCCUGCCUCCCACCCGCCUCUCUGGUCCCGGCGGUAAGAUGGCGGCUGCCGCGGAGUGCGAUGUGGUAAUGGCGGCGACCGAGCCAGAGCUGCACGACGACGAGGAAGCGAAGAGUCCCACGCCUUUGACAUCUCAUCCUUCAGUCCCUUUGCUGAAGGGCAACUUGAACAAGCCUCAGCCCUUUCUCAGACUCCCAGGGCAGGACUUGAAUGGAUUUGACCCUGGAAUUGUUCCUGAUGCAGCCUUGUUCAGUUCUUGCUGCUGCCAUGCUGGAUUCCAAAGAUCCACUUUUUCCUCGGCUGGUCUCACAGGGGAAGCAGAGUCUUUCAAGGAACAAGGAAAUGCAUACUAUGCCAAGAAAGAUUACAAUGAAGCUUAUAACUAUUAUACAAAAGCCAUAGAUAUGUGUCCUAAAAAUGCUAGCUAUUAUGGGAAUCGAGCUGCCACUUUGAUGAUGCUUGGAAAGUUCCGGGAAGCUCUUGGGGAUGCACAGCAGUCAGUGAGGUUGGAUGACAGUUUCGUCCGGGGACAUCUACGAGAGGGCAAGUGCCACCUAUCUCUAGGGAAUGCCAUGGCGGCAUGUCGUAGUUUCCAGAGAGCCCUAGAACUGGAUCACAAAAACGCUCAGGCACAACAGGAGUUCAAGAAUGCUAAUGCAGUCAUAGAAUAUGAGAAAAUAGCAGAAACAGAUUUUGAGAAGCGGGAUUUUCGGAAGGUGGUUUUCUGCAUGGAUCGUGCCCUAGAAUUUGCCCCUGCCUGCCAUCGCUUCAAAAUCCUCAAAGCAGAAUGUUUAGCAAUGCUAGGUCGUUACCCGGAAGCACAGUCUGUGGCCAGUGACAUUUUACGAAUGGAUUCUACCAAUGCGGAUGCUCUGUAUGUACGAGGUCUUUGCCUUUAUUAUGAAGAUUGUAUUGAGAAGGCGGUUCAGUUUUUUGUACAGGCUCUCAGGAUGGCUCCUGACCAUGAGAAGGCCUGCAUUGCUUGCAGAAAUGCCAAAGCACUUAAAGCAAAGAAAGAAGAUGGGAAUAAAGCAUUUAAAGAAGGAAAUUUCAAGCUAGCCUAUGAACUGUACACAGAAGCCCUGGGGAUAGACCCUAACAAUAUAAAAACAAAUGCAAAACUCUACUGUAAUCGGGGCACGGUUAAUUCCAAGCUUAGGAAACUAGAUGAUGCAAUAGAAGACUGCACGAGUGCAGUGAAGCUCGAUGCCACUUAUAUAAAAGCCUACUUGAGAAGAGCUCAGUGUUACAUGGACACAGAACAGUAUGAAGAAGCUGUGCGGGACUAUGAAAAAGUAUAUCAGACGGAGAAAACAAAAGAACACAAACAGCUCCUAAAAAAUGCACAGCUGGAACUGAAGAAGAGUAAGAGGAAAGAUUACUACAAAAUUCUGGGAGUGGACAAGAAUGCCUCUGAGGACGAGAUCAAGAAAGCUUACCGGAAACGGGCCUUGAUGCACCAUCCAGAUCGGCACAGUGGAGCCAGUGCCGAAGUUCAGAAGGAGGAGGAGAAGAAGUUCAAGGAAGUUGGAGAAGCUUUUACCAUCCUUUCUGAUCCCAAGAAAAAGACUCGCUAUGACAGCGGACAGGACUUGGAUGAGGAGGGCAUGAAUAUGGGCGAUUUUGAUGCCAACAAUAUCUUCAAGGCAUUCUUUGGCGGUCCUGGGGGCUUCAGCUUUGAAGCAUCUGGUCCAGGGAAUUUCUUUUUUCAAUUUGGCUAAUGAAAGGAAACCAUCCAGAACCCAGAAAGUGCAGACUUGCUCAGUGUAACCUUGAACGUGGGCACAGUUCACCACCUCCUCCCUUCAUCUCGUCUCCCCUUAGAGCAGU